GCAGAAUCUUCUAUUGCGUUACUGUUGGCACAAGUUUAUUGAUACCAUACAGUUGUCGUAACACCUUUGUAAUGUCAUUGGACUUCAGCGGUACUCUUCCCAAAUGCUACUUGUCCAAAAGUUUUGGCCAAGUCGGACAUUUUGUUGGCUGUUUUAGAUUUGUUUUCUGAAGGAAAAAUAAAGCUUAACCUAAUUAAUGAUAAAUAUACCGGAUUCAAUCCUAGAGCAAAUUUUUAUAUAUUUGAAUUGGAAUGAACGUUCACGAGCUGCUCGUGUGUGUAAAAAGUGGUAUAAUGUGUUUCAAUCUCCUGUUUUGUGGAGGAAAAUCGUUUUUAAGCCACCUUGUCGUCGACUAACAAAACUUCAGUAUGAUAUUAAAGGCUAUCGUUUGUCUUGUUGCUUAAAGGCGAUUGGUUGCCAUAUUCGCAACUACAAGUUUUUGAAAACUGAUGACUUGUUCCUACUUAAUCGAACGUUAAACCUUGUUGCAAAGUUUCUUGAAUACAGUUUCAAAUUAGAUGGACAGAAGAAUGAACCUAAUAAUGCCUGUGAUUCAGAUGGCAAUGAAUAUAGUGACCUACCUAAAGAAAUCGAAAAUUUAUCAUAUGGAAAUCUGAACCGUAAUGUAAUGCGUGAAACAGACUAUGGACUUGCUGGUUUCAUUAUUGAAGGUGAUCCAGAUGCCGAAGCUACUCUCAGGUUAAUAUUUGAGCUGCAAGAGCAUGAAAUUCAGGACUUUUCAUCUGAUUUAUCCUCUGAAAAUAGUCAAGCUGAUUUAUUCAAUGAUUUAGAGCAAUUUCAAUCGCAUAGAAUGUCUUCCAUUAGCUAUCCUCCAUCUCAUCGUUAUGACUGUAGCAGCUUCAAACGCAGUAAAAGCUCUCAGUAUCCCUCAUCUGUGUCAAAUUUCUCACCUUUUCACCACCCACCUAUUGUUCAUUCUUUUGAAUUGGAUUUUAAUUCUGAAGUCGAUGAUUUGCGUGGUCUUGUUUAUGGAACUGGAGGUGCAUUACUGAGAACGAUUAGCCGAGUGGUACGUCAGUUAAGUGAGCUUCAUCGUCUCCACCUAGUGGAUCUUUUUCUUGUUUCCGAUGACGCCAGACAGUUAGUUUGUGAAAUAAGUGAUGUUGCUUCACAUUGUCUAAAUGAUCUCAAUCUUGUUCACUUCCAUAAGUCAUCUGUCAAUCCAAUAACCGCACAUCAUCGUGAGUACAUCCCAUGUUUUGCAAAUUUAGUCUCUGAUGAACAUCAAACUACUAACAAUGUUUCAAAUAACAAUAGCCACCAAUGUUUCAAUGAAGAUUGGUACCUUUUGGAUCCUCGUUGGCUUAGUGCUCGAUCUCAACGGACCAGCGAUAAUCCUUUGUGUGAUUUGUCUAGUCUUUUCCCUAAAAUUAUACGUCUUACUUUGAGUCCAACUCAGUUAACCGGUUCAAUGCUUCUUCGACUUUUAUAUCAAACUUCGUUGCAUCAAUUAUCUUUAAUUCAAACUGAUUUGACUGUAUUUACCAUACCUCGUUCUGAAAAUCCUCCUGUUCAACGAACUAUUUCAUAUGAUUCUGAUGAUUUAUAUAUGGGAUUUAAUGAAGAUCAAAGUUUUGAUCCUAGUGAUUCAAGUAUUCUGGAUUUGAUUGAUUGGACUGAAGAUGUUCCACGUAUUCGUAGAUAUGGAACUAAUCAAGAUACAACAUCUGGUUGGAAACCGAUACCUUCAAACGUGUGGCGUGCUGCUCUUAUUCUAUGUCCACAUCUUACCAUUCAUUUAAAGUUGGAGUUAGUUGAAGAUUUAACUUGUUUACGGUGGAAAAGUCCUUCAUCAUCUGAUAAAUUCAAUUCAAUUCAUAAUUUACUGUCCUAUUGGCCUGUUCCUCCUGCACCGGUCACUUCAAUCACAUUGAUUCUAACUGGAGAACCUGCAUUUAUGGCUGGUUUAUUAAGUCCACAAAAUACAAUCAAUCCUAUAUCUUAUUCACAAUCACUUACAUCAUUGAUAAUAUUAUUGGAAGUAUGCAAUUUUUAUUCUUUAAUGAUUUAUCCGAACACUCAUUAUUCGUAUUUUUAUAUUUUGACUAAAUAAUAGUAUGGGUGAAAUAAUGGCUUGUUAAUUAAAAUGUGGCUUUUGAUCACUAGAUUAUAUUUUAUUACCCCACAACAUCUACCUCUUUGAAUAGAUCGAUAGUGUCACUUGAAGUCAAGCAAACGAUGUGAGUCAGUACUAUUAAUAAUGUUGAAUUUUAUUUGGUGAGAGUAACUUACGUCAAAUGAAAUGGUAUUGAUAAGAAGUCGAAAGCAAGUUGUCAUGUUCAGGAUAAAUCGGAUCAACUUUAUCAAGAAAAUUAAUUUAGAUCAUGUUCAUAGUAAACUAGAUAUACUUCUAUGAAUAAAUCAUAGUAAGAUUCUGAUAGCAAAAGUGUUUCCAACCUAUUGUAUUUCAUUUUGUGAAAUGCAGUAAAGAUUAAGAGGUAUUUAAUAGUCAACUUUCUGGUAAAUAUUACACUAACGAUUCAAAUUCACACGAUAAUGUUCCUGAAAGUUUUUGUGCCAUAUUAUCCUCAGAAUAAAAAACGCGACUAUAAGGGAUUUAAGUGAAAUUCAAAUAUUAUGUAUAACAUGCAGUAGAAAUAUUCCUGUAUACUACUCACAACGUUUAAAAUGAUAGUGAAAAAUUAUUUUUUGGAACCAUAAAAUAAAAAUGAUAAUGUCAAACCUAUUAAAUGCUUAAUUCCUAGAUUAUAUAUAUCAGGGAAAUUGAAAAUAUCCCUGUGUCUUAAACCUUUAAGCCUGAAACAAAUCUUAACUUGGUGGCACUACACUUUAUGGGUACAAUCAUCAAUCAGAUAGCGUAUAUUAUGUUUUUGAGUGAAAUUUAUCCAUCUACAUGGAUUCGGAGUAUUUGUACAUCAUAGCUGACGUCCGUUUGGAAUGAAAACUUUAACCAUAAAUCCCUACUUCUAACCCUAACUAUGAACAAUAUUAAAACCCAAAACUUUGUUUGGACCCUUGUAAGGGUUCGAGAAUAUGUACAAUUUAUAUCCAUUAUAACGAGUUUCUAUCUCAGUUUACAGUCAGAGUAGUUACUUGUGGAAGAAAUUAAUAAAUUUACCAUAUAAAAUUUGUUUAUAUUCAGAAUAGUACUGUUUUCUUUUCCAUAAACUAUCCAUUUAUAAAAGCCCUUUUUCUAAUUGUCUGGAUACAAUCCGUAAAUUCUUCACAAUUGUCUUAAGCUCCUCCCUAUACCAUACUUUUACUGCAAAAAUGUUUAGU